GGAGGACUUCCCGGAGGCGGCGGCUGAGCGACACCCGGGGCUGUGAGCACUGAGGAGCAGCCCUGCUGACCUGGAGCGUGUGUCCAGCUUUCCAGCUGUCUGUCCAGCUUUCCAUACAGCUUGGACUUGCCCCCAAGCAUCUAGAGUGAAGAAAGGGCCAGAACAUGCUCUGAAGACCCAGGAGGCUGCUAACUGAGCCUGCUCUGAAGCCGCCUGGCCCUGCCCACCAUGGCCUCCACCGACAAGAAAGGGGACGGUGGGUCCGUGCCCAGCAGCCGCCUGCAGAGCCGGAAGCCUCCCAACCUGUCCAUCACCAUCCCACCGCCCGAGACCGCAGCGCCCGGCGAGCUGGCCAGCAUGCUGCCCCAGAGGCCCAGGAACCCAGCCUACAUGAAGAGCAUCAGCCUGCAGGAGCCGCGGGCACGAUGGCAGGAGGGCGGCUCGGAGAAGCACCCUGGCAUCCGCCGCCAGGCCUCCCUGUCCCAGAGCAUCCGCAAGGGCACAGCGCAGUGGUUCGGGAUCAGCGGCGACUGGGAGGCGAAGCGGCAGCACUGGCAGCGCAGGAGCCUGCACCACUGCAGCGUGCGCUAUGGCCGGCUCAAGGCCUCGUACCAGAGGGACCUGGAGCUCCCCAGCCAGGAGGUGCCAUCCUUCCAGGGCACCGAGUCUCCAAAACCCUGCAAGCUGCCCAAGAUCGUGGACCCACUGGCCCGAGGCCGGGCAUUCCGCCACCCGGACGAGGUGGAUCGGCCCCAUGCCCCGCACCCGCCGCUCACCCCAGGGGUCCUGUCCCUCACCUCCUUCACCAGUGUGCGCUCCGGCUACUCCCACCUGCCCCGCCGCAAGAGGAUGUCGGUGGCUCACAUGAGUUUUCAAGCUGCUGCCGCCCUCUUCAAGGGGCGCUCGGUGCUGGACGCCGCGGGACAGCGGUGCCGGGUGGUCAAGCGCAGCUUCGCCUACCCCAGCUUCCUGGAGGAGGACGCAGUCGACGGGGCUGACACAUUUGACUCCUCGUUUUUUAGUAAGGAAGAAAUGAGCUCCAUGCCGGAUGAUGUGUUUGAGUCUCCCCCACUCUCUGCCACCUACUUCCGGGGGAUCCCGCGCUCCGCCUCCCCAGUGACCCCCGAUGGGGUGCAGAUCCCUCUGAAGGACUACGGCCGCGCCCCGGUGCCCGCGGCCAGGCGCGGCAAGCGCAUCGCCUCCCGGGUGAAGCACUUUGCCUUCGACCGGAAGAGGCGGCACUACGGCCUGGGCGUGGUGGGCAACUGGCUGAACCGCAGCUACCGGCGCAGCAUCAGCAGCACCGUGCAGAGGCAGCUCGAGAGCUUCGACAGCCACCGGCCCUACUUCACCUACUGGCUCACCUUCGUCCACAUCAUCAUCACGCUGCUGGUCAUUUGCACGUACGGCAUCGCCCCCGUGGGUUUUGCCCAGCAUGUCACCACCCAGCUGGUACUCAGGAACAAAGGUGUGUACGAGAGCGUGAAGUACAUCCAGCAGGAGAACUUCUGGAUCGGCCCCAGCUCGAUCGACCUGAUCCACCUGGGAGCCAAGUUCUCACCCUGCAUCCGCAAGGACCAGCAGAUCGAGCAGCUGGUGCACCGGGAGCGAGCCCUGGAGCGGGACUCGGGCUGCUGCGUGCAGAAUGACCACUCGGGCUGCAUCCAGACCCAGCGCAAGGACUGCUCGGAGACUUUGGCCACUUUUGUCAAGUGGCAGGACGACACGGGGCCCAGCAUGGACAAGUCCGAUCAGGGCCCGAAGCGGACUUCUGGGGCCGUGUGCCACCAGGACCCCAGAACCUGUGAGGAGCCAGCCUCCAGUGGUGCCCACAUCUGGCCUGAUGACAUCACCAAGUGGCCAAUCUGCACUGAGCAGGCCAGGAGCAACAGCACCGGCUUGCAGCACAUGGACUGCCAGAUCCGGGGCCGCCCCUGCUGCAUCGGCACCAAGGGCAGCUGUGAGAUCACCACGCGGGAGUACUGCGAGUUCAUGCACGGCUACUUCCACGAGGAGGCCACGCUCUGCUCCCAGGUGCACUGCUUGGACAAGGUGUGCGGGCUGCUGCCCUUCCUCAACCCCGAGGUCCCCAACCAGAUCUACCGCCUCUGGCUGUCUCUGUUCCUCCAUGCUGGCCUGGUGCACUGCCUCGUGUCUGUGAUCUUCCAAAUGACCAUCCUGCGGGACCUGGAGAAGCUGGCCGGCUGGCACCGCAUUGCCAUCAUCUUCAUCCUCAGCGGCAUCACUGGCAACCUCGCCAGUGCCAUCUUCCUCCCAUACCGGGCAGAGGUGGGCCCAGCUGGCUCGCAGUUUGGCCUCCUGGCCUGCCUCUUCGUGGAACUGUUCCAGAGCUGGCAGCUGCUGGAGCGGCCCUGGAAGGCCUUCCUGAACCUGUCGGCCAUCGUGCUCUUCCUGUUCGUCUGCGGCCUCCUGCCCUGGAUCGACAACAUCGCCCACAUCUUCGGCUUCCUCAGCGGCCUGCUGCUGUCCUUCGCCUUCCUGCCCUACAUCACCUUCGGCACCAGCGACAAGUACCGCAAACGCGCCCUCAUCCUGGUGUCCCUGCUGGCCUUUUCCGGCCUCUUCGCCUCACUGGUCAUCUGGCUGUACGUCUACCCCAUCAACUGGCCCUGGAUCGAGUACCUGACCUGCUUCCCCUUCACCAGCCGCUUCUGCGAGAAGUAUGAGCUGGACCAGGUGCUGCACUGACCAUGGCCUGCUGCCCACGGAGCUCUGAUGUCACCAUGCCCGGGCUGGGCCUGUGCAGAGCACCCCAGCCCGCCCUCCAGAGACCCCACUGGGCCUAGGCACCCACACCAGGCCAGCCACCCUGGAGCCAUCACGAAGGCCCAUUCCUUCCCCAGGCCUUGUGGCCCUGGCCCAGGCCAGGACACCCCCAGCACCUUCCUCACAGCUCAGGGUGCAGGCACUGACCUCUCUGUCCCCUAACUGUCAGGUCCCUCUCCUGGAGGCGGGGUUCUUUCUUCCUGGGGUCCUCAAGCUGCUGCCGCCUUCUGCCCCAUGGUUACGUGGGUGUGUGGGCUUCCACCACAGCCCCCUCCAGUGUCUCCUGCCCUCCCCUGUGGGCCCAGGCCCUGCCUUCAUCGGCGGCCUGGUGAGUUUGCCCGGAAGGCGGCUGGACAUGGUGAGGGUGGGGCAGCUUGUGCGAGGGCAGGGGAGAGAAUCAGCAAGAAGGCAGCUGGCCAAGGGCCAGGGCUGUGCCCCGACCCCAGUCCACCCCUCCCACCAGUGUUCUGCCUCUGGGGGCUGCCCCCACCUUGGCCUCAGUCCUGCCCCAGGUAGGUGGGGCAUCCCAGGACCGGGCCCCAGAGGGCACCCAGCCUCAGGCCCGUUUUUUUACUACUUUAUAUUAUGGUCCUGAUUUUUUUAAAGGAACGCUAAGUUUGUAUGAUGAUGUAUUAAAUGGUAUUCUUCUCAGGAACACCUUUGGUUCUAAGGCCUCAGGCAGCAUCAAGACUGCAACUUUAUUUAGCAGGGGGCAGGAGGAUGUGGGGGGCAGCCGUGAGGAGCUGGGGAGCAAGUGCUUGGCAGUAGAAAACUUCAGAGGGAUUUGGUUGGAUCAGGUACCAGGUGGGGAUCCAUUGAGAGGGCUUGGUUAAA